UGCGCGCUGGCGCCCGGUGCCCCGCGCCCCAGGUACCCUGUGCCCCGCAGCGCGCCGGGGGAGGCGGGGCUUCUCCUGCGCGGCGGGCAUGUUUACCGGCCCGCACAGGCGGCGCGGUGCGGCUCGGGCACCUGCGCCCACGGCGGGCGGCCACGAGGGGCCAUGAUCCGGCUGGGCGGCUGGUGUGCGCUGCGGCCCCGCGGCGCGCCGGGCCCUGCGGAGCGGCGCCGGGCAUCCGGCGGGCCGGCGGGCCGGGAAGGCGGCCGCGCCCUGCGGGUGCUGGUGGACAUGGACGGCGUGCUGGCCGACUUCGAGGGCGGUUUCCUCAAGAAGUUCCGCGCGCGCUUCCCCGACCUGCCCUUCAUCGCGCUGGAGGACCGGCGCGGCUUCUGGGUGUCGAAGCAAUACGGCCUCCUGCGGCCGGGAUUGAGCGAGAAGGCCAUCAGCAUCUGGGAGUCUAAGAAUUUCUUCUUUGAACUUGAGCCUCUGCCAGGGGCCGUGCAAGCUGUGAAGCAGAUGGCCAGCCUACAAAACACCGAUGUCUUCAUCUGCACAAGCCCCAUCAAGAUGUUCAAGUACUGUCCUUAUGAGAAGUAUGCCUGGGUCGAGAAGCACUUCGGUCCCGACUUUCUGGAGCAGAUUGUGCUGACCAGGGACAAGACGGUGGUCUCCGCUGACAUCCUCAUAGACGACCGACCGGACAUCACAGGGGCAGAGCCACACCCCACCUGGGAGCACGUUCUCUUCACCUCCUGCCACAACCAGCAUCUGCAGCUGCAGCCCCCCAGCCGCAGGCUGCACUCGUGGGCAGACGACUGGAAGGCCAUUCUGGACAGCAAGCGGCCCCACUGAGCUGGACUAUGCUUCGGGCUCCUCCACGGGGCCCUGAUCUCAGGGCUCCCAGCUCAGGGCCAGUGGGACCAUGGGGACAGUGCUGUGCUGGGGGGCCCCCCCUCCCAGAUGUCUGGGUUACGAUGACCUCCUGCUGCACGGCCCUUCCCUUCCCCGGCCCUGCCAGGCCUUAACCUGAUCUUGGGGCAGGGCUGGGCCCCCUGGAGCCUUGGACAAGGCAGUUUGGGCUGACCUCGGGCACUGGCCCUUAGCUGCCAGGUGAGGAGUCACAAGCCACUCUUCAGAGGCCCUCUCUACCCUCUUGGUAAGUUCCCCGAGGCAUCAGGGGUACACAGGUUCCAGGGUCUGCAGCCCAUCGGCAAAGAGUGCCAGGAAUGUGACCGCCAAGGUGCUUCCCGGUGGGCAUGAGCCCCUCACCGCCUCAGCCAUGGCACCCCGCGUCCCGCCUGGCCUCUCCAAGUGACCCCACGUGUACUUAGCAGGUACUCAGUGGGUUCCAGGGGCCACCAGGCUCCGUCCUAGGAGACAGCACUGGCCGUGCCUGUGACCAGCUCCGAAGUGUCUCACUCCCCUGUCCCCGGGUCCCACUCAGCCCAGGAGAGUCAGUAGGCUUGAACGUUUGCAGAACAAACGAGAAAUAAAUGCUGUUCACAUAUGGCCUGA